AUGGUGUCUCCUCUACUACCCACGCUCUUAGGGGCAGCGUCCGUUGUGAGAUUCGGCUUUGGCAUCUCCUUUGGACGGAACCCUUUUGCUUUUUUGUGGAUCACAGUCCUGCUACAGCUCGUUUUCCUGUUAUUUUGGGUGGUGUAUGCGGCGCCUCGACUCAGUCCUCUCCGGAAAUUGCCACUCGCAUCUCAAGGACCGUGGUGGAAAACGUUCCUUGUCGAGCCGAGUCCUGAAGAUCUCGAGCGCUUUAUGGACGAGACGCCCAAUGAUGGCCUCAUCCGAUAUUUCGGCGUAUUCCACGGCGAAAGGCUCAUAAUCACCAAAUCUCACGGCACCAAAGAGAUGAUGCUUCUUCAAUCCUACAACUACGACAAGAUCCCCAUUGCGACAAAGCUCAUCGGCCAGCUUACGGGUUUAGGAUUGGUGGUUGCCGGUCAGGAUGAACACAAGCGCCAACGGAAAUCGCUCCAACCUGCAUUCAAGUACAAAUACAUCAAAAACUUAUUCCCUCGAUUCUGGACGCACACGAAGCAGUUGGUCGCCACGCUUGGGAAGGAGAUAGAUCAGGCCGGCCCGGAUUCAGCUGCGAUUGUGAACGUCGAAAGCUGGAUGAUGCGUGCCACCCUCGAUAUUGUGGCGGCGACAGGCUUCGGAGUUGAGAUCAAUGCAAUCAAGAAUCCAGAAAGUGACCUUGCCAGACUUUUGCCUCUGUCCAACUCCACAAGCCCGGAAGCGACGUUUUAUAGACUGCUCGCAUUCCUCGUACCCUAUUGGCUUUAUGUCCGACUCCCAAUGGCGAGACGUUACGAAAUUGACCAGAUUGUCAAAGCAUUGCAUGAAGCCACCCUACCAAUAAUCAAAUCAAGGAGGAAAGCUCUUGCUGGCCAGGAGAGUGUGGUUCCUGACGCACAGGAAGAGGAGUCUGGCUCUGAUCCACAAAAGAUUCCUGACACGGAUAUUAUUUCGACCCUGUUGCAUUUCAAGGAGCCUUUCACCGACAAGGAAUUGGUGGAUCAGUCAGCAACGAUACUGGCGGCAGGACAAGAUACGACGUCUGUGGCUACUACCUGGGCACUUUAUCUCCUUGCGCACAAUCCGCAAGUUCAAUCUGCUUUGCGGGUCGAAGUCCAGGCUCAUCUACCUUCACCGAGCUCGAGCGAUGAGCCUGUUGAUGCACCACUUAUUGAGUCUCUGCCAUACUUGGCUGCCGUAUGUAAUGAGACCCUACGACUGUUCCCACCGGCACCCAUUCUGCGCAGACAGGUCGUUAAACCGGGAACAGUCCUCCUUGGCCAACAGCUGCCCAUAGGGACGGUGGUCAUGACUUCGAUCUGGGGCACACACCGUACAAAAAGCAUCUGGGGCCCUGACGCGAAAGAGUUCAAGCCUGAGCGCUUUCUGCAAUAUGCCGAAGACGGGAAAAUGCAUUUUGAUCCUCAUGCCGGCUUCCAAGGCGAAGAUGCAACCUACCGUUACUUACCUUUUGGUGCCGGGCCUCGAAGUUGCAUUGGCGAAAGAUACGCACGAGGAGAAUUUGCGACAUUGCUGGCUGGCUUAGUCGGCCGAUUCGAAUGGUCCCUCGUCGAUCCAGACAAGAAGAUGGGUGAAGACAUUAAGAUGAAUUUUGGUAUUGUCAGCAAGCCAGAGGGUGGGUUAUUGCUCCGAGCACGAAAGGUUGACGGCUGGUAA